GUGGAGGCAUGUGACACUGUUUUUAAGACAUUUCCUGAAAAGCCACUGAUUGCUUGUUGUUUUACCCGGAGCUGUGUCAUUUUGUGUUAUUUUCCUUGCAGGGCUUCAGUUACUUGAUGUUCUGCCAAAGCUGAGGGAGCAGGAGGAUGAAGACUUGAUUAUUCAGUGCGAAGCUUUUGAAGAGGCGAUGGCUGAGGAUGAGGAAGAGCUCCUGCGAGUGUAUGGGGGCAUUGAUAUGAGUAAUCACCUGGAGGUUUUUACUACACUUUUUAACAAGGUGAGCAGCUCCCCAGCCUCUCUCCAGCUGCUGUCCAUCCUGCAGACGUUGCUGGUGCUGGGACCAGGGCGCCCUGACAUCUGGUUGGCUCUGGAGGCCAUCACUAACAGAGCCAUACUGCUCGCCCAGGACUCUCAGAUGGAGUCCUGUGAGAAGAUCAUGCAGCGGCUGAUGAUUUUUAAAAGGAAAAGCUGCGACGAUCGGCACGAGGUGGACGGACUGCGGGUCAAAGUGGAUAAGGCUGUGCAGACGGAGCUGGAUCACCUGUACAUGGAGAAGCUAAACAAAAGCACACAAUCCCCUAAAAGGCCACUGUGUGCCUCUGCUCCACCUCCACCCCCACCACCCCCUCUACCCCCCUCUAACCAGUGCCCGCCACCACCACCGCCGCCACCUCCUCUACCCCCCUCUAACCAGUGCCCGCCACCACCACCGCCGCCACCUCCACCGCUACCUGGAGGGUUUGCUGGUCCCCCGCCACCUCCUCCAUUGCCUGGAAUGGCUCCCCCCCCACCACCACCACCUCUGCCCUUUGGACCAGAUCCCCCUCCUCCCCCGCCCUUACCAGGGAUGGGUGGUGGGCCACCACCACCUCCACCUUUACCCGGCAUGAUUGUGGCCCAGAGUAGCCAGGCCCUGGUCUGCAGCGCGCCCUCAAAGACAAGCCGCUGUCCCACUCUGAGGAUGAAGAAGCUCAACUGGCAGAAACUUCGCACUGUUACUGAUGGUCACUCCAUGUGGGCCUCGGUUCAGAAAGAGCCGCCUCCUCACGAGCCCGACUACAGCAGCAUCGAGCAGCUGUUCUGCCUCCCGGUGGCCGAACACAAAGACAAGGGGGCAGCUGCUCCUGUCAAGAAGGAGCCUAAAGAGAUCACAUUCAUCGACCCAAAGAAAAGCCUGAAUGUGAAUAUAUUCCUAAAGCAGUUCAAAUGCACAAAUGAGGAGUUUGUGGGCAUGAUCCAGAGUGGUGAUCGGACUCGCUUUGACGUGGAGGUGCUAAAACAGCUUCUUAAGCUCCUGCCAGAGAAGCAUGAGAUGGAGAAUCUAAAGUCCUUCCAGGGAGAGAGAGACAAGCUGGCAAACGUUGAUCGCUUCUACACCUCUCUCCUUACUGUGCCGUGUUAUCAGUUGAGGAUUGAGUGCAUGCUUUUGUGCGAGGAAACCGCAUCAGUGUUGGAAAUGCUCAAACCUAAAGUCAAGCUUGUGGAGGAGGCCUGCCACUCUCUUAGAACGAGCACGCUCAUGCCCAGUUUUUGCAGGCUCAUCCUCGACGUGGGAAAUUUUCUCAAUUAUGGAAGUCACACAGGGAACGCCGAGGGGUUCAAGAUAAGCUCUCUGCUCAAGCUCACAGAAACCAAGGCCAACAAGAGCCGCAUUACGCUGCUUCAUCACAUCCUGGAGGAAGCAGAGGCAAACCACCCAGAGCUGUUGGCUCUACCGGACGAGAUAGCCAUAUGUGAAAAGGCAGCAGGAGUUAACCUGGACUCUGUUCAGUCAGAAGCCAGUGCGUUACUCAAACGGCUGAAUGAGACAGCCAAGAAAGUCUCCAACUCUGCGGAGGAGGUGAAGGAGCAGUAUGCAAAAGUUCUCGAGGCAAAUCUGGAGUUGUGUGGAGAAUUAAACGAGAAAUUCGCCGAGAUUGAGACGAAAAAGGGUGAACUGGCUGUCUAUUUAUGUGAAGAUGCCAAUCAGCUGUCACUGGAGGAACUCUUCGGUACCAUCAGGACUUUCCGAGGACUCUUCAUCAAGGCGCUGAAGGAAAACAAAACUCGGAAAGAACAGGCGGCCAAGGCUGAGAAGAGAAAGAAGCAGCUGGCAGAGGAAGAGUCCAAGAGACAGAAAGGAGAGAAUGGGAAAAUAAUCAAGAAAGGUUUUGUGCCGCAGAACGAUGGCUGCAUCAUAGAAAACCUCCUGGCGGACAUCAGAAAAGGUUUCAGCCUCAGAAAGACCCGGCCAAGGUGCGAUUCGGAAAGCCUCCCUUCUAGUGAAAUGCGUAGGGAUACCUGCCCACCUGGAUCAGGUGCGAAGUCUGUAGGAGAAGAAGCCGUCGACAUGGCCACCAUUUCCGCUCCUACCGCGUCUCAGACAGAGGGUCGCCACAACAGCACGGGCGAGGUGAACGGCUUCAUAAGCCCGUCAGAAGAGACUCAGCCGGCUCCUCAGCUGAAUGCAGUGCUCGACGGCACAGCUGCACCUCCAAGCACACUUCCAGGAAAGACAGCUCCAGCGGCACCCCUGGGAAGACCUACAUCUCUGCAGCCAGAGAAAGAUGCAGCAUCACCUAUAGAUGUGACUCGAGCUCAGUCUCAGGUUAAAGGGGACCACCAACCAUGCCUCCCCACAAACGGCUUUUCAUUAGAUUCAGCAGAGACCAGCGUCAUCAGUCCUUCAUCCCUCUCAGACUCUGACCUGCUGGAGGCUACAUUUGACUACACACCCAGCCCGGCCCCCGAGCAGCCAACAGAUCUUAGCGUUAAUGUUCACGUCAAAGAAAUUCCAAGUACGGACACGAAGCAGAGCAUGGAAAGUGAAAUGAUGGGAGAGGGGAAAGGCGAAAAUACUAAUAAACCAAGCCAUUUACCAAAGACUGUAGGGCAAGAGAAGCAGCACGAGGAGACCGCGUACACGGGGGCGAAAACGUCUGGCCAAGACGAGGUCGACAGUUGCAAACUUGCAGACCCUAAAAAGAGCCUGAUUGCGCUCGAUGAGGGCAUCAUGCUGUGCGACGUUCCAGAUUCACUGGAACCAGAAGAUGUGGCGUCUGUGUCCGAAGCUCUUAAGCCAGACCCAAAGAAACAGAUGAAGCUCCUUAAACAAAACAAAAAGAAGAGUAAUCAAGGUAACCUAUCCAUUCACUUCAAUAAAGGUCAUCUCUGGAAUGCUAGUCUCUUGAUGUUUCUUAAAGGGAAUCCUCUGUUAGUGUUGUUUUUAUUCCAUUUAACAUUUUAUAUCUUAUGUAUCCGGCUAUUUUACUAUAUGUGCGUUAAUAUUUUUACAUGAAUACAUAUCUUUUAAAUUAAACAGUAUGAAUGCAGUGUGCAGCAUUUGUCCUGAAGAUUGAAUACUGAAUGGAUUUUUUUAAAACCUGUGGUCCCUUUUGUUUGAAUGUUCUGUUUUCCGUUCUGAAACACAAGGUAACAGUGGGAAAGGACACACUAAACAUAAAACAGGCUGUGUGUUGCAGUGAGGUAGGUCAAGUCGAUGGGAUGGCAAACCGUAAGCCGGAAAUUAACUCAAUCAUCGUCAGAGCUUUUGUUCCAAAUAACACGUCAUCUGUUGGUCUAACCGGAAUCUGGAUCUCAUUUGUCUGUGUUGUCCGACUUUUAACACACGCCCGUCUCUCUUAACGCUUCCCCAGUUCAGUUGGUUGUCGAGCUAAACUCCUGGGGUUUGAGAUAUCUGUCAAACUUCAGCGGGGGGUAAAAUAAAAAUACUGUCUUGUGCAAUAAUAAAUCAUCUUUAAUCAGUGGUUAAUCUAUCGAAAUUAAGUUUACUGAUCUCAAACAGCCGUUUGUGGGGUCUCUGUGAAGCCAUUGUGGACAGUUAUUUCAUGAAAGCUGUCAGUUUUGUGUCCUCUUCUUCUUCCUCCAUAUAUUCUUGUCCAUUCUCUGAAUCUGCAACAAUUUAACCUGCUAACAGUCUCGUGUGCUUCUUGUAAACUGUUUUGUUAAUUGAACUUUAAUGAAAGAUACUGUACAUGAUAUAAAAUGUAUUAAAACAUUUUCUAACUAAAACUCUGGGCAUCUCUAAGCCAAUAAUACUGUUUGCAAGCAAAGCGUCUCUCUGCCAAGGGCCUUUGAGCCGGCAGUGUCGCUUACAGAAAUAACUGUGAAAGGUAUUAAAGUACACGCUUUCAUUCGCACUAUUGAUUUUAGCAUUUGUUCUCUCUAGGUGACUCCAGAAAAAGAAAAUCGAGAGGGAAAAGAAAAUGCUGACCUCUGAGCAGGAGUUCAGAACAGUAUAUUUUAUUGGGAUUCCAUUAAUGUUGAUUGGAGGAUGUGGAAGUCUUCUGUGAAGCUUUUCCUGACCAAGAAGAGCGACCACAUCCGAGGCUGGGAUUUUUUUUUCACAUGUUACCAAGUCACUUUGUGUAAACUGGAGGUUUUUUGUGUUUAUGAGGACUAUUUUGAGGGGGAGAAAAAAAGCUAAAUGUGCUUUAUAUGUUUGUAUAAUUGUUGUAAUAUGCAGUGAAUGUGUUUUUGCUAUAAGCUUUGUUUAUAUUUGCAGCACCCAUAAAAAGAUGCAGUGUUUGGUUCGAGAUAUUUAAUUUAAUCAAUUAUAAAAUAAUACAAAUCUUAUGUCUUAAUUUCUUUGUUAUUCAAAUGAUCUGCGACAGGAUAUAUAUAAAGGAGAAAGAGAAUGGACUGUAACUUUUAAUGUUGGGUAUAUUUUAAUAAAACUGAAGAUACUGUU